GAAGGCGCGGGGAGUCUGAAUCUCGGCGACCGGCUGUAGGAGGUCCCCGAGCAUGCGACCGGAGCCCAGAGGACAAAGUUUGGGGGCGCCGAGAGAGAAGGGACUGGUGGAGGUGGUGGUCGCCGGGAGGAGAAGGAAGGAAGGAAGGGAACGGAAGCGCAGGGAAGGGAAGGGAAGGGAAGGGGAGGCCGAGAAGAGAAGAGAAGAGAACAGGAGAGGAGAGGAGAGGGCAACCAAACGAAGAGCAAGGGGAGGAGGGACCACGCGAUCAUCGCGAUCCUCAGCUGCAGGGCCAGAGUUGGGAGUCCGAGCAGUAGCGAUUGCCAUCGCAUGCACGCGAGCAGAGGGGAUUGUCACCGCGAUUUCGGUUCGAGCAUUGAGGUCGCAGGACAGUCGUUGCGUGGUUAGGGAGUGGUCGAGGACGGAGAGCAGGUGGAGGAGGAUGAUAGCUUGAAUUUGUAGCUUGAAUAAUAGCUCUCGCGACGGAGAGAGGGAGGGGCCACUCGGGAAGGCGGGGGAGAAACGCGCAGGUUUUGGACAUUGUUGUAUGAGGGGUUGCAGGAAUGGCGGCAGUGGUGCAGCUGAGUAGCGCAGGACCGUGUGCUUCUUCCUGCUGGAUUCGUCAGCAAACUUGCAGUUCUUCUCCCUCCUCGUCGUCGGCUUCGGAUGGAGUCGUUCAGUGUAGCCAAUUAUCUUCCACCUCUGGAAAAUCUGUUCAGGCCUCUUUGAAGCUCGAUAACUUGCGACACCGAGGUCUUCGGGUCUACAGGGAAAGAAGCGCGCGCCAUGGAGUCGAGGUGGGUGUAUCCUCCAAUUUUACCGACAAUUUUGUCUCGGUUUCGAGCACUUCAAAGAAUUUGGAGCGCGAAAUUCUGAGAAUUGAGAAGCUUGGGGGUCGUGCUCGGGCAAAUGUCCAAAUGGGCGCCACUUCUGCUGUCGCUUCUCCUCUCCGCGAAGGAAGCGGGCAAGCAGAUGAACAAGCUCCAGAUGGUGGCUUACAGGGCGCCCAGUUGGCACGCAGCGAGUUGGAGGAAGGAAACAGGCGCACCAGUAACCCCAUCAAUGUCGUUUUUGUGUCUUCGGAAGUUGCGCCGUAUUCCAAAACAGGAGGACUCGGAGAUGUCUGUGGUUCACUGCCAAUCGCACUGGCAGCUCGCGGCCACAGGGUUAUGGUAGUGUCUCCACGCUACAUGAAUGGAACUGCCGACGACCUUCACUACAAAAGUGCCUUCGAUGCUCAAUGCCGCAUCAAAAUUGGAUGCUUUGGUGGGCUCCACGAGGUUGCAUAUUUUCACGAGUACCGUGCUGGUGUCGACUGGGUUUUUGUUGACCAUCCAUCCUACCACAGACCGGGCACUCCGUAUGGUGAUACACGCGGAGCUUUUGGAGACAAUCAGUUUCGUUUCACACUCCUCUGUCACGCAGCGUGUGAGGCACCUCUAGUCUUACCACUCGGAGGAUAUACAUAUGGUGACAAGUGCCUGUUCAUUGCAAACGAUUGGCACGCUAGCCUUGUGCCUGUGUUGUUAGCUGCAAAGUAUCGCCGUCACAAUGUUUACACAAAAUCUCGGAGCAUUCUAGCUAUUCAUAAUCUUGCACAUCAGGGUGUUGAGGCGGGAACCACAUAUCAAAAUCUUGGUCUUCCCCCAGAUUGGUACGGAGCCCUUGAGUGGGUAUUCCCACAAUGGGCUAGGCUGCACGCUCUUGAUAAGGGCGAAGCUGUUAAUCAUCUGAAAGGAGCCGUUGUAACAUCUGACCGCAUAUUGACCGUAAGCCAGGGCUACGCGUGGGAAAUCACUACCAAGGAAGGUGGAUGGGGACUUGAUGAACUUCUAAGAAGCAGAAGUGCAGUCAUUAAUGGUAUUACCAAUGGAAUUGAUAUUGAGGAGUGGAAUCCAGCCACAGACAAAUAUCUUGCUUCACAGUAUUCGUUGGAUGACAUUAGUGGAAAGGCCGAGUGCAAGGCUGCGUUGCAAAAAGAGCUGGGGUUACCUGUUCGACCAGAUGUUCCUCUCAUUGGAUUCAUUGGGCGGCUGGACUAUCAAAAAGGUCCUGACAUCAUCCAGGCUGGUCUUCCAGAGUUGAUGACCGAUGAUGUUCAGAUGGUGAUGCUCGGCAGCGGUUACCCAGAUGUUGAGAAAUGGAUGGCCGGAGCAGAAGCUAGUUACCCAGAGAAAUUCAGGGGCUGGGUCGGAUUUAGCGUCCCUGUUGCUCAUCGUAUUACUGCCGGGUGCGAUAUUCUUCUUAUGCCAUCGCGGUUUGAGCCUUGUGGUUUGAAUCAGCUUUAUGCCAUGAUGUACGGGACUGUUCCGGUUGUCCAUUGUACUGGAGGCCUGAGGGAUACUGUAGAGAACUACAACCCAAUUGCACAUGGCGGGCAGGGUGCGGGCACUGGAUGGACCUUCUCUCCGCUGACCAAGGACGCAAUGAUGGGGGCUAUGUGGAACGCGAUUGGCACUUACCGACACCAUAAGGCGGAGUGGAACGGUAUCAUGGAAAGGGGUAUGUCGCAGGACUUCUCUUGGGAUAGAGCAGCGUUGCAGUAUGAGCAGGUGUUCAACUGGGCUUUCAUCGAUCCACCAUACGCCUGAUGUAGUCACAUUACCAGAUUCGGUUCUCUGUUCCAUAUUAGUCACAUCCAUUUUGACCUAAAGUCUACAUCGGAAGAGGGUCUCUGUCUCACGUGUCGAGGUUUCACGAGUGUAAGUUUCUUCCAACAAGGCAGCUUCUACUGAGGACCUGUGGAGUCCCACAUCUGCCUUCGGGACCUUCGGAGACAAAGGUCGGUGCUCCACGCUGGAGUACCUGAACCAGUUACGACUAGAUCACUUUUUGAUAUGUUCAAUGUCCCUUAUGUUCUCACUGUUGUAAGGCGGGUCUCACACUAAAGACUCGCCCCUGUGAGACUAGGGCCUUGGAGAGUUAGUGUGGGCUGAAAAUCUGUAACCAUAGUUGGUUUGUAAUGGUCAUGGAAUUGAUCAUCUUGUUUACGUCGUACA